AUGGAGGAUAUCGGAGUGCUGAAUGCCCCUGUGACAACAACAAACGACAGAGCUGGAAGUGAAGGAGUGACAAACGGAUCUUACGGCUCGCUUAUAGCCCAACUCAACAAUAAUAACAGCAACUUAAGCAGUGGCGGCGCAGAUCCAUACUUGAAGCUGAAACGUCUUGACAAAGAGCUGGAACUAUUGAAUUUGCAAGAGGACUAUAUAAAAGAUGAGCAACGCCACUUGAAAAGGGAGCUCUUGAGAGCCCAAGAAGAAGUGAAGCGUAUCCAAUCGGUUCCGCUUGUGAUUGGACAGUUUUUGGAACCUAUAGAUGAAAACACAGGGAUUGUGUCGAGCACAACAGGAAUGAGUUAUGUUGUGAGGAUUUUGUCAACACUCGAUCGUGAGCUUCUCAAACCAUCGACGUCAGUCGCUCUACAUCGCCAUUCCAACGCCUUGGUGGACGUUCUUCCUCCAGAUUCAGACUCCAGCAUAUCCAUCAUGGGAGCAAACGAAAAACCAGACGUUUCCUAUGCUGAUGUGGGUGGGCUUGACAUGCAAAAACAAGAGAUUAGGGAAGCGGUGGAACUGCCAUUGGUACAAGCCGAUCUAUAUCAGCAAAUUGGUAUUGAUCCACCCAGAGGUGUUCUUUUGUAUGGUCCUCCAGGCACAGGUAAGACCAUGCUUGUCAAGGCGGUAGCAAACAGUACACACGCGGCUUUCAUCAGAGUAAACGGUUCGGAGUUUGUUCACAAAUAUCUCGGCGAGGGUCCAAGAAUGGUCCGUGACGUUUUUAGGUUGGCGAGAGAGAAUGCGCCUUCUAUCAUUUUCAUCGACGAAGUAGAUUCCAUUGCCACAAAACGUUUCGACGCUCAAACAGGUUCAGAUCGUGAAGUGCAACGUAUUCUGAUCGAACUGCUCACACAAAUGGACGGUUUCGACCAAAGUGUCAACGUUAAAGUUAUCAUGGCAACUAACAGAGCUGAUACCCUGGAUCCUGCUCUGUUAAGACCGGGUAGAUUGGACAGAAAAAUAGAAUUUCCAUCUUUAAGAGACAGACGUGAGCGCCGUCUAAUUUUCGGUACUGUGGCUGCUAAGAUGGCAUUGGCACCUGAGGUUGAUUUGGAUUCUCUAAUCAUAAGGAAUGAUCCUCUUUCAGGCGCACUUAUUGCUGCUAUCAUGCAAGAAGCUGGUCUACGCGCCGUUAGAAAGAACAGAUACGUCAUUUUACAGAGCGAUUUGGAGGAAGCUUACGCAGCUCAAGUGAAAUCGAGCAGCGAUGUUGAUAAAUUCGAAUUUUACAAGUAG